AUGGCGGGCGGCGCCCCAGCGCUGCGGCUCCCGCUGGUGCCCAGGCGGGCGCUGCGGCUCGCGCUGCAGGACGCGCUCUCCCCCGAGCUGCUGCUGCACGCCGCCCUCGCCCUCGACCCCGCCCAGGCGUGCCGCCUGGCCUGCGCCUGCCCCCGCCUGGCCGGGGUGCUGCUGCCGCCGCUCGGCGCGCGGCAGGGCUCCGGAGAGGGCCGCGGGGCGGCGGCGGCCAGCGAGUUCCUGUGGCGGGAGCUGGCGCUGGCGCAGCUCCGCCGGCUCGGCCUCGGCGGGGAGCGGCUGGUGGACAUGCUCAACACGGGGCGCCUGCUGGACUCGUUGCGCGGGCAGGCCGGCACGGGGGGCCUGCGGGGGGCCGGAGGCGCCGGGGCGGAGGCAGAGGGCGCCCGCCCGGGCAGCGCGGCCACCAGCCCCGGCGCGACGUGGCCGAGGCUGUGCGCCGCGCUGGCGCUGGCGCGCCGCGGCCUGGUGAUCGACUUCGGCUUCGGGUACACGAAGUUCGGGAGCGCGCAGCCCAGGGGCGACUCGGACGGCGCCCCCGCCUCGCUGCGGCUCUGCUCCUCGCCGUCGCGAAGGGCCGACGCGCCCCGCGAGGCGCAGAUCCAGGAGGUGUUCAACCGGUCCUUGGAGGCGAGCGCGGCCGACGGGACCGUGUUCGUGAGCGAGCCCUUCGACCUCCCCUCCGACUCCGCGGCGGAGGCCUGGCGUCGGGACUUCGUGCAGCCGCAGCUCCCCGAGGGCGUCACCUGCGUAUUCCUGCCCCAGCCCUUGCUCGCCCUGCUGGCCCACGGCAUCGUCGACGACGGCAUCGUGGUGAACAUCGGCCACCGCGAGACCACUGCGGUCCCGUGCCUCGGGGGCCGGAUUCUGCGGGACGCCGCCAGCAGCAACCCACGCUUGGGCUCCGCGCUGCUGACGAAGCUGAUGCUGGUGCUGGUGGGGCGCCGCCAGGGGGUUGACCUGGGCAGCGGUCCCGACGACGAGUGGGACCUGUUGAUGGAGUGCCGCGAGCUCAAGGAGAGGCACUGCUGCGUGGCGCUCGAGGCCCCGCUGCGCGGGCGGCCGCUGUCCCCCGACGCGGUGGAGGAUGUCGGCCCUCAGGAUCAGGCCCCUGUGGAGGUCCCCUUCGCCGGCGCCACCGCGCUGCUGGGGAGUGAGCGCUAUCUGGUCCCAGAGGCGCUCUUCUGGCCGCUGUCCGGCAGCCUGCCGCAGCUGGUGCUCGAGGCCGCGGCGCGGGCCGCGGCCGCGGCGGGGCCGUGCGAGGACCGCGACGCCGUGUGGUCGCGGCUGCUGGGCUCCGUGGUCGUGGUGGGCGGCGCGGCCGAGCUGCCCGGCCUGCGCGCCCGGCUCGCCAAGGAGCUGCGGGAGCGUGUGGCCCAGCGCGGCUUCCAGGAGUCCCGCCAGCUCUCGCGGGCGCCCUGCGUCGAGGUGCGCGUCCCGCUCGAGGAGCUCGCCUGCUCCCCGAAGUCCGCCGUGCUGCGCGGCGGGCAGCUGGCGGCCGUGGCCGCCAUGGCGGCCGGCGACCCCGCCGGCAUGCUGCCGCUUGCCGAUUCGGCCCUGGAAGCCGCCCAAGAGGACGUCACAGCACCAGUGUCUGAGGUCCCGAAGCAGGUGUUCGCGAAGCCCCGCACCACGUGA